AAAUAUCCUUACAUUGUCACUCUCCUCGAGACUAUCGCAAACAUUUCCAUCACUCUAAACCCUCUCUUAACUUCCACCUCUGAACCUCUCCCAAAGUAAAAACCACAAAAAUGAGGUCAUCACUGUUGAGAUCCGUGAAAACCCUAGCAAACUCAACCACCACCACCUCAUCUUCACACUUCCUCCGCCGUGGCUACUCUUCCGAGUCCGUUCCCGAUCGUAAGGUGGUCGUCCUCGGCGCUGCCGGUGGUAUCGGUCAGCCACUGGCUCUUCUCAUGAAACUGAACCCCCUUGUUUCUAAUCUCGCUCUCUAUGAUAUUGCUAACACUCCUGGUGUCGCUGCUGAUAUCAGCCACAUCAACACCAGAUCUGAGGUGAAAGGGUACAUGGGAGAUGAUCAGCUAGGACAAGCUUUAGAAGGAUCAGAUGUUGUAAUCAUUCCUGCUGGUGUCCCAAGAAAGCCCGGAAUGACCCGUGACGAUCUCUUCAACAUAAAUGCUGGAAUCGUCAAAGGUCUCUGCGAAGCAAUUGCCAAGUACUGCCCUAAUGCUCUUGUUAAUAUGAUUAGCAACCCGGUGAAUUCCACUGUGCCUAUUGCUGCUGAAGUAUUUAAGAAGGCGGGAACAUAUGAUGAGAAAAAAUUAUUUGGUGUAACCACUCUUGAUGUAGUCAGGGCCAGGACUUUCUACGCUGGAAAGGCCAACGUUCCAGUAGCAGGUGUGAAUGUGCCAGUUGUUGGUGGACAUGCAGGCGUAACCAUUCUUCCACUAUUUUCACAAGCUACCCCUAAAGCCAAUCUGUCAGAUGACCAUAUCGUAGCUCUUACAAAGAGAACUCAAGAAGGUGGCACAGAAGUUGUUGAGGCAAAGGCUGGAAAAGGAUCUGCAACAUUGUCAAUGGCCUAUGCUGGUGCAUUAUUUGCUGAUGCAUGCUUGAAGGGACUCAAUGGCGUUCCAGAUGUUGUAGAAUGUUCAUUUGUGCAAUCAAGUAUCACUGAACUUCCCUUCUUUGCCUCAAAGGUGAGGCUUGGAAAGAAUGGCGUUGAGGAAGUUCUUGGGUUGGGUCCACUUUCCGACUAUGAAAAGGAAGGCUUAGAAAAGCUGAAGCCCGAGCUCCUGUCCUCAAUUGAGAAGGGAAUUCAGUUUGCCAACAAAUAGUAAACUACAUUUUCAUCGGCUGGUGGUAUUGCGUUCCUUCCACCAUAAACACAAUUUUUGCAAUUCUUUUCCUGUUAGUAAAUGUUGCAUCGUUGCUGCCAGAAGCACCGGCUUUUCUAUUGAAAGUAGUAUAGGCUUUACAUAAACCGAAGUUUUAUCAAUAAUACUCUUAUGGGAGAGAUUCGGAUAGUGAUGCGGAUAAAUUUUAUUAAGUUUCUCAGAAUUAGUGACUGAGCCGGCUUAAAUUAUAAUAUGAAAUAAUUCUGAUA